UGUGGGGGCGGGGGAGGGCGGGAGCCUGGUGUGAGAGGGCCGCGGGCAGUUGGGAGCUCCGCCGGUCUGUGGCUUUGGCUGUGGUGGUGGCGGCGGCGGCGGCGGCGAGGAGCUCCGCGCCUCUGCCCGGGCGUCUCCUUCCUCGCCGGCCGCCUCUCUCCUUCUCUCCCCUUCUCUCCCCGCAGUAGCCGGGGCCUCCUCCAUGCGGGAGAAGAGGAGGAGGUGGGAGCUGCUCGCCGGCCGUCCCCGGCGCCCGGCAAGUCGGAGCCGACCCGCCGCCGCGCCGCUCCUGCCGCAUCUCCCUACGGCGCGCAGCCGGCGCUGAGCCCUGCCCGCCGCGCCGCCCCCAGCCCCCUCCUCCUAGUCGUCCUCUGUUUCCCCCCCCUUUAUUUUUUUUUUUUUUCCUUCAUUUUUCUCCUUAUCGCUUCUCACCCUGGCUGCGGGCAAAGUGUCUUCAUGAGCGCAGAGGAUGUCCGGGAAGCACUACAAGGGGCCUGAAGUCAGUUGUUGCAUCAAAUAUUUCAUCUUCGGCUUCAAUGUCAUUUUCUGGUUCCUUGGCAUAGCAUUUCUUGGGAUUGGAUUGUGGGCAUGGAAUGAAAAGGGCGUGCUGUCCAAUAUCUCCUCCAUUACUGACCUGGGAGGCUUUGAUCCAGUUUGGCUCUUCCUAGUGGUAGGAGGAGUUAUGUUCAUUUUGGGAUUUGCAGGAUGCAUUGGAGCUUUGCGUGAAAAUACCUUUCUUCUCAAAUUUUUUUCUGUGUUUCUUGGAAUUAUUUUCUUCUUGGAGCUCACUGCUGGUGUUCUAGCAUUUGUUUUCAAAGACUGGAUAAAGGACCAGCUAUAUUUCUUUAUAAACAACAACAUCAGAGCGUAUCGAGAUGACAUUGAUUUGCAAAACCUCAUAGACUUCACACAGGAAUAUUGGCAGUGCUGUGGGGCUUUUGGAGCUGAUGACUGGAACCUUAAUAUUUACUUCAAUUGCACAGAUUCCAACACAAGUCGAGAGCGCUGUGGUGUGCCAUUCUCUUGCUGCACUAAAGACCCUGCCGAGGAUGUUAUUAAUACUCAGUGUGGCUACGAUGCAAGGCAAAAACCAGAAGUUGAUCAGCAGAUUGUUAUCUACACUAAAGGCUGUGUCCCUCAGUUUGAGAAGUGGUUGCAGGACAAUCUUACCAUAGUUGCCGGUAUAUUCAUUGGGAUAGCAUUACUGCAGAUAUUUGGGAUAUGCUUAGCCCAGAACUUGGUUAGUGACAUUGAGGCUGUCAGAGCCAGCUGGUAAAACUGCUGAAGUAACCACAACAAGACACUGGACAACAGAAACCCUCCGAAACCUCCAGUGUGUCGCUCCGACACCAAGCUGUAUGGACAUGGGUGACAGGGAAGCCAUCUCUCCCAAAUAGUCUCAAAUCUAAGUUCCUGAUAUUGCAGUGAACUCAUGUUUCUUUGGGGUGGGGGAGAGAAGAGUGGGCUAUUGAUAAUCUGCUGCUCACUGACAAUUUUUUCUUUUAAACCACCAGUUUGAAAGCUGUUGAGCCGUGAAUCUCUACUGUAUUCUUGAUCCUGAGUAACAAGUGGACACUUUUUUAAAAUUGGUGUAUUCAGUGGGACAGAGUUGCAUCGUUGUAAUCUGUGGAUAUGCUGUUUAUUCUUCGUGUCAUGAGCUCUUCGAUAGCUGCCAAAUAUUCCCGAGAUGGUCUCUCUCACCACCACUCUGUAAAGGAACAAUCUUGUUUUCACAGCUAAAGAUAGCUACAGGCCUAAACCCAUCAAGCAGGAAGCAACUUUCUAUGCAUCUAUUGUACAGUAAAAAAAUUGUUUUUAAAACAAGGGAAAAAUUUUUUUUACGCAAGCUUCCAGCCAUCUCCCUGUAGUACUUUGAGGUUGGAAUCGGCAAGCUCACAGGGAGAAUUGCCUAAUUUUAUCAACAUCUUUCUUCCUUCUCCACCCUUGUGUAAAGGGAAAUGAGUUUUAUAUUUGACAAACAAGGGUUGUAGAGCCUUUGGUUGCUGCCAUACCUUAGGACAUCAGUUUCUUAAGGCAAGGAUGGGAUAUAACUGUAUAAAUGUAUGAAAGCAGUGUGGAUGUUGGGUCCAAGUGAAUAAUAUUAUUCAAAGAAUGAAUUAUAUAUUAACUUAAAAAAAAUCAAAACAUAUGUAUCUGAUAUGGCUAAAUCUUUUGUUUCUCUUGAAUUUAGUGUAACCUAAGGUAUUUAGGGAUCUCACUAAUAUUAGUGCUUUGAUAAACUUGUGCAAAACUUCUUUUAAGAUAAUUUCUUGGUCUGUUCCUAGCUGAGGCUUUGGUUCUUUUUUUUUUUCUUCUUAUUUUCUUUAAUUCUCUUUACUUGCAUGAGCUGUGGAGUAAGAAUUUGUGACACUCCAGUGCUUUAAAUCUGUGCAUAUGUUUUAAUACAGUCUAAUCCAAACUUAUUUAUUGGUAAAUGCAUGUGAUUAUGGAAAGAUCAUAGCUCAUUCCCUUGGAAGUUGGAGAGAACUGCUUUUGCCAGAGUAAAUGCUUACCUCCAGUGAACAAAUCCUUGCGAUGGAGAUGUCUCCCUUUGUUGCUCUAAAUGCAUCAAAAAGCUUUCUUGAAGCAGUGGAGUAAAAGAAAGUUUUAAAACAGAAGCGCUUACUAGGAUCAGCCAAGACAGACUCUUUUGAAUUGGACAAAAGAGAGUAGAAUUUGGAAUAAAGCACAAAUAAUGGAAGAAGAAUUACAUCAGACUCCAUCCAGCUUAGAGUUUUUGAUUCGUUCUUCUUCACUAAGAAUAGUGAACUUACAAACCUGACCAUGGCUUGGGUAGUUUUAUUGCACUUUGUAUAAAUUUAGCUUGUUGUAUGACCCUUCUCAGUAUCUGCAGAACCAGUCCUGGAAGCUGUGAGCUCUCAGCUCCUGCUUUGGUCAGACAGUGUGGCAAACGGUGUGUCGCACCUCUUUGUAAGAGCUUAGCAUCUUUCUUAGAGGAAUUUCCUAAAAUGAAGUAUGUGGAGUAGAAGUGAUGAAUGCAUUGCUUUCAAAGCUUCCCUGUUCUGGGGGAUGGAUAGAAGGCUGGUCUGAUGACCUAUUAAGGUCCUAUGAGUCUUAAGCGUGUAAGUAUAUGUGCCCUUGCACACUUUGCCUUUCUGUGCUUUAGUUAGCAGUGUUUUCUUUCUCUCUGAAGGCUGGUGGUUGGUAGGCACACCGGCACCCUGCAGAUGCCUCAGACAGUGCUGUUGUCCUCCUGUCUUUGAGCAUUACCUCAUCCUCCACUGACUGGCUCUGAAUCAGGCAGCCUCCAUAUCCUUUGGUAUCUGCUGUUAAAGGCCAGCCAUGACUCAGAGUAAAUUUUUUUAAAGCCUUUGAAAGCAAUUAUAAUUCACUGUCCUUAAUAAAGUUGGUUCCACCUCACCACAGUGUUAUGUUUUUCUUAGCCACUCCUCAGCUUGAGGAGUUACUGGUGUUUGUUUCCCCUCCUAAAAUGGGCACACAGUUUUGCCUGAUAGCAGUAGGACAGACAGAUCAUUAGCACCAGCGUUGCUGCAUUGAGACAAAAUGGUGUGGGGAGAAAUCAGGGAAGUGUGGUUGAGGAAGUAACCCUCCACCCAAGAGCCUUGAUUGUGACCCAGUGCGUUUGGUUUGGAGGAAAAGAGAAAAAGGUCUAUAUUACAGAAACAUUCCUUGUUGCCACUGAUCUUGAAUACUGCUGUUGCUGCUGUGGGCUUCUGAAGGCAACUUCAUUCUUCUACUUGAAUUUCUGCAGUUGUACUGUAUUGGCCUUCUGUCUUGUCACGCUGUUCUCUGAGUUCGUCUGCUGGACGUGCUGUUGGCAGUGUCAGACUGAUAGGAAGGUAAACACUCUGAGGUGAGCAAGUCUUGUUCUCACUACUUGCACAUGUACACACAAAUGUGCAACACUUCUGAGUCCCAGAAUGACUGACUGUUCGUAUAAAAACCACUAAAUAACUUAUUUUUCUAGAGCUUGUCUUUAUUGCUGCAGAUGCUGAUCCUGCCCCCUUCCCCGUUCCCAAGAGAUGCUCUUAUUUUCCUCAUUUUUUGCAGUUUUUUGAUGGAUGCAUACUGAAUGUUCAGGAUUAGCUGCCUAUAUUGCACAUUUAAAUCCCACAUUUUUUGUCUACAGAUCGGGUGAGAUGUCCUACAAAUGCCCCAUCGGCAGCUACUCAGCAGCUUAGGUGUCCAGUUCGGGAAGCUUGUGGGAGGCCUUGGAAAUCAAUCUAUUAUUGUCAGAGCCUGCCAAAUGCAAGCAAGUUUUUUUUCCAGAAAAUUUUGUGAAAACUUCAGGUGAGCUGCAACUAGAGCACAACUGCUGGGCACAUUUUUCUAAAGCAAUAAGAUACGGUAGGCGGUAUGACGACUUGGUAAUUUCUGGCCUGCCUGGUGUGGUGAUAGGGUAGAUGUGAGUUCAGAGGUCAGUCUAAUUAUUUUUAAUGUGCAGUAGGUGUUCAGAAAUUUGUUGUCAGACUUAUGGCCCUCGUGGAGUAUGAAACAGCUCUGUUUGCUGGGCGAUUUGUAUGGGAUGGUGGCGUUGCUAAUGAGAGGUCUGGUAGCUUCAGCAGUAGCCCUGGCUUUGAAGCCAUUUCCAAACUCCCCACUGAGCCCUGCCAAAGGGCUCCUCUGCUUUCUAAAUACUCUCUGUAUUCAUAGGCCUUUCUGUUGUUUGAUCUCUCUGGUUGUUUUGGGUGGGGUUUUUUUGGGUUUUUGUUUUGUUUUUUUUUUUUUAAUUUUACUAAUAGCCUAAUGGACAAAUGUUUCAUUUGUCUCUGUCUGCUUCGGUAGCAGUAGGAUCUCUUUGCUUCAAAAUCCAUAAUUUUGAUUGUGGCCCUUAGAGUUUGAAGCCGUGGAGAUGCUUGCUCAAGUGUACUCUGUCCUGAAAGCUGCCUUCUCUCCCCUUUGAGAGAGAUGCUAAUUGUAGUUCUGGUGUGUAAAUAGUGUUUGAAAUGUAAAUAGUAGCAUGCAGAUAAAACGAUUCUUGCACACGACUGCUUUUCACCCUAAAAGUGUUUAUUAUAGGUAUGAAAGGUGUCCACCGUGGGAGUUUGCUGAUGAAAACCGAGUGGCUGUUCAGGCUUUACCUCGCCCUGGAGGUGAGGCGGGAGUGCUUUAAUCGCCUGCCCUCUAGUGUCUCCCCGGCGGACGUGCAGCGGGCACCCGAGGGAGGCGAGACCCCGGCCAGCCCGUCCGGCUCUGCUUGGUCGCGGGAUCUCCCUUGCCUUUUCCCUUUGCCACCUGGCAUUAGAACAGCUUUAGGCUGUAAAAUGGAGGGUCGGUCCCCUACCAGUUAAGGGAGGUUGCCAUCAUUUGCAGCAGGACUAAACAUGGUGCUAUAAGAACUGUCCUGGAUGUUAAUCUGUCUUUUUAUUGCUUUAGAGAUGCCCUUGGUAAAACUGACUCUGAUUAACAGUGAGGGUUACAAGAGAAACUCUUGUGUGAAUUUUUGAUGCCGUUUCCCUUCUUGCUGUGUGUGCCUUUUGGGUGCAUUGAAAUGGCAGUUCUGCAAAUACCUAGGAAGGAGAUCAGAUCUCAACAGGUGUCAAGCACUGUCAAAGGUUCCAGUUCCUCCCUCUCAUUUUUCUUUUCUCUCUGAAACUUUUCCAGAUAACUGUAACUGGUCACUAAACUGUCUAAAGCAAACAAAACAAAGCUACCCCCUUGGAUCCAUUAGCUUCCAAAUCUUGCCACUUGACAAAAAGAAAAAAAAAUCUGUCUCCCUUAACACACAGCAUAAAAUUAAGUGUUGUAACUCCUAGUGUGCACCAGGCAGCAUUGCUAGCUGUCGUUUGUGUUUUGGCAAUAUAAAUGUGUUAAAGCUCCAUCUAUGUGUGUUCAUUUUCACGCUGUGUACGUAGUAGAGAUGGACCUGAUAUUACCCCGAGCUCUGGGGAGAUUGGGAUUGGGGUUUUGUGACUCAGGCCCAUCUCUGAUACGUAUAUUGCAGAUUAGUUCCUGUUGAAUUUCUCUCUGGUUCAUCCUGGGGUGUACGGCAAGGUGUCGAUAUUUACCCUUUGUGUAUCAUUCCUUUUUAUAUGAAUGUACUCUUGUGUUCCUUUUUUAUCAGUUGUAAAAUUGAUUGUAAAAGCCAACUACACUUACCGAUGGGAAGUAUUGCUAUAACAGAACUGCAUGCCCUGUAGAGUUUGACUUGAGCUUUAGUUUUCUGAUUUCGGACUGGUUACCUUCAGUCUAGGAGAAAAGCAUAGAUCAGGUGCAUAAUGUAUUGUCAUCUUUAGCAUUAGACUGUGGUAUUGUAUCACAUGCCGAUCUCAAUGGAUGUAACUGGAGUCUACUUAGGAAGUUAAUGCAACUUCCUAGUAAUUCAUUUAAAGCUAUUGAAAGUGGUCUUGAUCAUGCUACUUGUGUUCUUGGGUUUUUGUUUUUUAAUAGAGGCAUUUUUUAGGAAUGUUUUAAUACACUUAUGAUGGACAAUACAAUAGUUUUAAUAGUUGUGCAGUAUUCUGUAUUUACUUGAAGUAAAUCAUUUUAUAUGCAAUUUGUUAGAUAAUUACAAUUUUAUAAAUAAAAUUGCGUGAAAUAUGA